CCCGCCUGCCUCAACUCGGCCGUGCUGGUGCUGUUCAGCUGCGACCUCUGCCUGGUGCGAGCGAAUAGGCCGCCGUCCCCAGUCAACGUGACGGUUACGCACCUGAAGGCAAACUCUGCCACUGUCUCCUGGGAUGUCCCGGAGGGAGACGUCAUCAUUGGCUAUGCCAUCUCACAGCAGCGGCAGGACGGGCAAAUGCAGCGGUUCAUCCGGGAGGUGAACACCACGAACCGGGCCUGCGUGCUGUGGGACCUGGCGGAGGACGCAGACUACAUCAUCCAGGUGCAGAGCAUCGGCCUGCACGGAGAGAGCCAGGCCAGCAAGAGGGUCCAUUUCCGGACCCUGAAAGAGACCGAUCGCCUCCCCUCCAACAGCUCCAACCAAGGUGACAUCACUGUGGAAGGGCUGGACAAGGAGCGGCAGCUCCAGACCGGGGAGAUUGUCAUCAUCGUGACUGUGCUGCUCAUGUGGGCAGCAGUGAUUGCGCUCUUCUGCAGACAGUAUGACAUUAUCAAGGACAAUGACUCCAACAACAACAAGGAAAAGACUAAGCCGUCCUCAGAGCACAGCACGCCGGAGCGACCCACGGGGGGGCUACUGUACAGUAAGAAAAAGUCUCUGUCUGUCAAUAUCAUUGAGGUGUGAGCACAGUCCAGCUCUGGAUCUGGGAAUGCUGCCAGACCCAAGGAAGAUCAUGGGAUAAAAGGACAACAGCAGGCUGCCAGCCUGCAACCCUCAGCAUGCAAAGAAUUAUCAGAAAUUAUGCUUCUUCCAAGGCCUUCUCCCCUCAAGGGGAUCUGCAUGGAGACUGUUUGGAUGAUGCAUGCAGAACUCAGCCUCACACCCAUCAUAUAACCGCGCACGGGCCACUCAGGAGUCAAUGGGGAGUCUGGAACAGCACCGAAAGAACAGCAAUAUCCAGAUUUCAAGGGAUGGGGGAGCCUCCUGCUGAUGCAGGGAUAAUGUUGUGGAAGUGGGAUCUCAUGGCCCUGUCACCCAGCAACUGUUAGGUAAAUGGCAGUGUGUCCUCAUGUUCAUGCUGUUACAGCCCUAGGUAUGGCCAGACCUAAGCCAGGGCGCAGACAUAGCUCCAGUUACCUAGGAGGGGUCUAGCUCUCAUCCAGCAUGCCUGGAGACUCAGAGGGAUUUUGUUUGUUUACAGUCCCAGAGAAGUGCCCACUUUCCAGCCCCCUAACCCUGCAAGCCCAGACUGUGGAGCUCAUAGAGGUGGAGCAGGUGCUAGCUCAGGAAGGGCUGGCAAGAGAACUGAUCGGAGCUGGGGAGGUUUCCUGAACACUCCCCAACAUCUGGAGUCUGAAUUGCAGGACGGCCCCAUGCGCCCUGCAGACAUGACCAGAGAUGGAAUCCCAGCCCAAGGAGGCAGGAAGUUGGCUGGGUCACUGAGCUGACUUCAGCUGCUGGCAGCUCAGAUAAGCUUCCAUACCUUCCCUUAGCGUGAGUGAGACCACCCCAGGGAGGUGAGGACCUCAGACCAGGAAGUGCCAACGCUGCCUUGUGCUGUGCCCGGCAAACAGCAAAGCAGGGCCUUGCUGCAGAGACAGCGGGAUGCAGGGGAGAGUUCUCCCUAUCACAUCUCACGCCUGCCCAGUUUGUAGGGCAGCAGGGACGUACCCAGUGCCCAUAAAAACAUAUCCCCUGCUAACGGCAUUGCCUGGGAGGUCUCCAGGUCACGGUUCAGCUCUGGGUGUGGGAGGGAAAUCUAGCACAUGUACCUCUGAGUCCUCUCCUCUGCCUCCCGCAAAGGCUUCCAGCAUACAGAAGCUCUGUUCCAGCAGCCCUGGUGCAGGCCACAUGGAGCUACAGUCUGGACCACUGGGAAACAUCCCCAGGCCACAGAGAAAUGUGUGUGGCAGGGGAGAGAAUAUCAUGCUGAAUCGCCAAGCCCCUGGGGGGCAAAGGCCACAAUGCAAACUGCCUGUGGCCCAUAUGCCUCUGCCCAUCAGGCAAAGGCCUCAGCUCAGGGUUCUGCCCGAGCCCCCUCACUCUGCCAAGGCCUCACCAUAGGGCCUGCCCCAGCUCUAUCCUACUGCUCUUGCCCGUUUUUAAGCCUGGCAUUGAAGGCCUCACAGCAGGCCCUGCCCCGAUUGCAGUGUAGUUUUAUGUUGGGUCCCUAUGGCGUGUGAGGGGAUAGUUCCUUUACACACCAGUGCAUGGCCUAGAAGGGAUUGGUCUCCAGCCAGAGGGAGAUGUUGCUGCUGGAGAGAGGCUGUCCCAGGGCUUCCCAGACACACAGCACUUGCUCUAUGGAGGAGGCAGUGGCGUCAGAGUCUGUGCAGGGAGCCAUUCCCCCUAGGAAAUGUGCCACUCCAGCCCACCCUCAUCACAUCAUCAGCCCUGAACCUGGGCAGAGUUCUCCCUCCCUACCCCAUGGCUGGCAUGGCAACCCUUUGCAGCCUCCCGUGCCCUCCAAUGACUGCCUCGGACACUGCCAUGGCGUAGUUUCCAGCGACGCACUCCUGGGGUGGGUAGCAGGCCAUCUGGGAUCCAGGGGUUAAAUAAAUCUGCCAACAGGGGCCUGGUGGGCAGGAUUCUAAGCCUGAGUUCUAUAGUGUCCAUUAUGUCACAA